CUGGUCCCGUGACAAAUUUCAUCCGAACUUUCUACACUCGGGAUGCUUCCUGCUUCUCUUUACUGGACGUACAGGUAGCAGAACAUCACCGCUUUGGAUUAAAGUUUUUCAGGGGCUUUAUUCCAGUCAGAUAUUGGCUUAACUGGAGGUUGGAGUCGUCGCAUUUCUCCAUUGGAAGGGGCGCCGCAUGAAAGCAACUGAAAGCAGGAUGAGGGUGUUGCAUCCUUAAAGAGGAACCAUUAGUCUCCCACCACGCACGCUUCAAUGCUGGAGGAUGGAGGAGCAGAACAGUCUGCCGAACGUCAGCAUACCCUGCCACAACGAGCAGAGGGACAAGAAAAAGCGUUUCACAGUUUAUAAAGUCAUCGUCAACGUUGGACAGCAGGAGUGGUUUGUCUUCAGACGCUAUGCAGAGUUUGAUAAACUUUACAACACACUAAAGAAACAGUUUCCUUCGUUAAACUUGAAGAUUCCUGCCAAGAGGAUAUUUGGGGAUAAUUUUGAACCUGAGUUCAUCAAGCAAAGAAGAGCGGGCCUGCAUGAAUUCAUUAAAGGAAUUGUCUCUCUUCCGCAGCUUUGCAACCAUUCUGAUGUGAGGAGCUUUCUCCUGAUGGACAAAAUGGAGAACUUGCAAAACUCUGAUGCGUCCGAAGAUGAAGAUGACAAAAACAACUCGUCUUCCAGAAACAUAAACCUGGGACCCUCCGGAAACCCACAUGCCAAGCCCACAGACUUUGACUUUUUAAAAGUCAUAGGAAAAGGCAGUUUUGGGAAGGUGUUCCUUGCCAAGAGGAAACUGGAUGCCAAGUAUUACGCAGUAAAAGUGCUACAGAAAAAGGUCAUUCUCAACAGAAAAGAGCAAAAACACAUCAUGGCCGAGCGCAACGUGCUGCUGAAGAACGUGAAGCAUCCCUUCCUGGUGGGACUUCAUUACUCCUUCCAGACUACAGACAAGUUGUAUUUUGUCUUGGAUUUCGUCAACGGAGGGGAACUUUUCUUCCACCUACAAAAAGAGCGGACCUUUCUAGAACCCAGAGCCAGGUUCUACAUUGCUGAAAUGGCGAGUGCACUUGGAUAUCUGCACUCCCUCAACAUUGUUUAUAGAGACUUAAAGCCUGAAAAUAUCCUUCUGGACCAUGAAGGUCACAUCGUUUUGACCGACUUCGGCUUGUGCAAGGAAGGUAUUUCCCAGACGGACACCACCAGUACUUUUUGUGGCACACCUGAGUACUUAGCUCCAGAGGUGCUCAGAAAGCAGCCGUAUGAUAACACCGUGGACUGGUGGUGUCUGGGAUCAGUGCUCUAUGAGAUGCUUUUUGGCUUGCCGCCUUUUUACAGCAGGGACACACAUGAGAUGUAUGACAACAUUCUGCACAAGCCACUGGUGAUACGAGCCGGUGCGUCCAACACUGCCUGGUCUCUCCUGCAAGGCCUGCUGGAGAAAGAUGGAGCACUCAGGCUGGGAGCCAGGGAUGACUUUAAUGAAAUCAAAACGCACCACUUUUUCUCCUCCAUCAACUGGACUGACCUUGAACAGAAGAAGAUUCCACCACCAUUUACACCCAAUGUGCGCUCUUUCUCUGAUAUCUCAAACUUUGACCCCGAGUUCACUGAGGAGAUGGUGCCUCACUCUGUGUGUUGGACACAAGAACAUUCCAUCGUCAACGCCAGUGUGAUGGAGGCGGACGACGCCUUUGUGGGCUUCUCUUACGCCCCGCCUUCUGAUGACUCUUUCCUAUGAUAAAUUCCAGACAAGGCCUCCGAACGCCUUUAACGAGCAUCCAUCCAUAAUACGAGCUAAAGGGAAGAAAGUGACGUCACUUAUUCUAUGAAUCCAAAGGAGCGCAGAUGAAACAGCACUUAAAAACAGAUUUUAUUGGGAACAAAAUAUGAUAGAAAAUGUAUUUUUUACCAAUUUGUAUUUAUAUAAAUAUAUAUAUAUAUAUAUAUAUGAAAGAUGGUAUUUUACGGAAUACGGAAAGAUAUUCAUUACUGAUAUCACUCCUUAAAUGUGCCUUAAAAAAACAUAACAGGUCACUGGGCAUUAAAGGACACAAUUGGACUGUCAGAUGUGCGUGUCACUGUCACAUGUAGAUUUAUGUUUUUCCAUGUAAUUGCUAUGAAAGCCUUCAUAUCCCUGACAAACUAGACUGGAUUACUCGGAUUAUUGGAGAGACCGAAUAAAGCAUUUUUGUGU